UUCAACAUCCAAGAAAAAUUCAGUCUUACACCGGCCUUCAACACGACAACAUCCAAAUUUAUUGUUAUUUAUUGUUUUUUUGACUUCAGUGUACAAAAUUCUCACAGCCUCCUCAUGUGUUGCGGACCUUGCUGUGGAACCUGCUACUAUCCCUGCUGCAGUCCUUGCUUCAGUGGUCGCUGUUUCGGACCCCGAUGCGGAUUUUAUAGUGGACCGUGUGGACCUUGUUGCGGGGGCGGAUGCUGCAGUAGUUGCGGACCGUCUUGUUAGCGUACCUAUUAUCUGGACAACAUAAAAACUGUAUUGUCGUCCUUUCGACGAAGAUCAAGUUGUAAUAAAGGUGUAUGACUUUA